GUGAUAGUAAAUACAUCACAUGUCCUGAUCUGCCAUGUGUAAAGAAGCGUUUGUUUUAUUUCAGGCGUAUAAUUCACGUGCUUAAGUUCUUGUUCACUCAAAACUACAUCUGAACGCUAUAUAAAAGAAAAAAAAUCCAGUAGCGCUAUUUAAUUAUUUCAUUCUGGCGCUCCGGGCAACUUUGGGUCCUAGCACAGACAUCUAGGCCUCGCGCAUAGAGGAAGGUCAGAUUGGAAAAUGCUAACCAAGUUGAUUGGACCCAAGUACAUUUCGAUCCUUAGGACGUGGGUUCCUACGAUGGCUUGCUGGGGAGCAGUAGGUGGAGUGGCACUGGUCCACUUCACAGACUGGAGGCUGAUUCUUGAUUAUGUGCCCUAUGUCAAUGGCAAAUUCAAGAAGGAUGAGUAACUGCUCAUUGUGAUGCUGUGGCAUGGAUGGUGACGUGUGGAUGGGCAGGUCCUGCGUUGGCUGAUAUGUGGCGCUCGGACACUGCAACCUGAGGGCUUGACUUGUCAUGUUUGAUAUUUUUCCUCUGUAUUUUGCUAUUUAUAUGAAUAAACAUUUAUUCUUCUUACAGAAUCUGUCAAAUCUUUCAGUUUGCACACUGACAACUGACAGUUUGUCUAAGAAACACCUGAUGCAUAAAAUGAACUGUUGAAAAUGAUGAAUUUAAUGAGAUGGCCAAUCUACCCUGCUAAAUCAUCCUGCUCUGAGCAAACACUGGCUUAUUAAAUAUCCAUUUUUAACUCAGUUUGAUUCCCACUCUGAACAUGGUGUCAUACAGUUCAAGCCCUC